UCUCGCCGCGCGGCGUCGUUGUUCUGCACGCUGCAAUCACGAAACGGGGAAAGACGGAGCGGCACCAUUUCAUCGGUACGGUCUGUUUAUUACUGGAUGUGACAAAUUAAACAACCGAUCGGAGCUCAUUUUUGGCCGGUUGCACGGCUGAUCUCGGCGGUAAAGCUGGAAGGAGGCGGCGGAGCGCAGAUAUGCACGCAGCAGGACGCAUGUUACGUCGCUCACAUGAGAUGUGAUGAAAUGAUGAUGAAGAUGAUGAUGGCCCAGGGGGAGAAAGACCCGAAACACACCGGCCAAGUUGUGCUGGUCAAGAAGAUCAUAAUGAAGCAUGACAAUCCGGUCCGGCAGGGCAUCGGGAAGCCGAGCGUCUAUCAUGCUGUUGUGGUCAUCUUUCUGGAGUUUUUCGCCUGGGGUCUCCUGACCACACCGAUGCUCAUGGUUUUGCAUGAAACGUUCCCCAAACACACGUUCUUAAUAAACGGCCUGAUUCAGGGAGUGAAGGGUCUGCUGUCGUUUAUGAGCGCUCCGUUAAUUGGCGCUCUGUCAGACGUGUGGGGCAGACAGUGGUACUUCGCCAUGAUAUCGGUGUCUGGCGCUUUUUCCGUCACUUUCUCCGUAAUCUUCGCAUACAUCGCAGACGUUACGGAUGUGCGCGAGAGGAGUACGGCGUAUGGACUCGUUUCUGCCACGUUCGCAGCGAGUCUGGUCACCAGCCCGGCCAUCGGCGCGUACCUGUCAGCCAGCUACGGAGAUAAUCUGGUGGUGCUGCUGGCGACUCUCAUCGCUCUGGCCGACAUCUGCUUCAUUCUGCUGGCUGUCCCAGAGUCACUGCCCAACAAGAUGAGGCUCAACACAUGGGGAGUGCCCAUCUCCUGGGAGCAGGCCGACCCGUUCGCUUCUAUGCGGAAAGUUGGGCAGGACACGACCGUUCUGCUCAUCUGUAUCACAGUGUUUCUGUCCUAUCUGCCCGAGGCGGGUCAGUACUCCAGCUUUUUCCUCUACCUGCGACAGGUCAUUAACUUCUCGCCCAAAACGAUCGCGGUGUUCAUCGGCGUGGUGGGAAUCCUCUCCAUCCUGGCGCAGACGCUUUUUCUGACUUUAUUGAUGAGGACCAUCGGGAACAAGAACACGGUUCUUCUGGGUCUGGGUUUCCAGAUUCUCCAGCUGGCCUGGUACGGUUUGGGGUCCGAGCCGUGGAUGAUGUGGGCGGCCGGCGCGGUGGCGGCCAUGUCCAGCAUAACCUUCCCUGCAGUGAGCGCUUUAGUGUCACGCAGCGCGGAUCCAGAUAAACAGGGUCUGGUUCAGGGCAUGAUAACAGGGAUUCGGGGGCUCUGUAAUGGUCUGGGUCCGGCACUGUACGGCUUCAUUUUCUUCCUCUUUAAUGUGGAGUUGAGCGGGAUCACCACCAUCCAGCCCGACUACGCCAUCCCACUACAGACCUCCACAGAGAAGACCAUAAUCCCCGGUCCUCCGUUCCUCCUGGGCGCCUGUACAGUGGUGGUGGCGUUUAUAGUCGCUCUCUUCAUCCCGGACCACCCGACGCCCCCAGCGACGCCCUGCCAAACCCUUAAGAGCAGCGCGAGUCUAUCCGGCGCUCACACCAACACGCUGCUGCCGGGGAGCGACGAGGACUUCGAACCGCUGCUGGAGGACAGCAAUGUCUGACUCUGAAACAAAAUCACGUUUGGAAAAGAUUAAAAGGUCGUCAACACAUCGCAAACCCUCCAUCUGCCCGGCGACUAAUGUUUGAGAGCGUGCGGAAUUUAUUUAGUGUGUUUUUUUUGUUGAUUAUGACGAAACGGUUAUUGGUUUUAAACUCAGAGGCUUUUUUAUUAAGCGUUUUUACAGCGUUUAACACACUAAGGGCUCGAUCAGUGGGAUCGUAUGCGUUCGGUUUGAUUGCAAAGCUCUUCAUGUAUAUAGAUAUUUGGGCAAAGUGCAGUAAAGUUUAUUGUACUGUAUGCGGAGCUUGUGGUGGCUUGAAAGUCGUGAGAUUGAAG